UGAUCUUUCUUCUUUUCCUCUUCUUCUUGGCUACCCCCUCUACUCCAGACUUCUUUUCAUUCCCUUUCUCCAAUCCAGCCAUGAAACGAACGCCGCUCAUGAAGCGUCUUAUGACGCUUUUCAAAAAGACCCACGAAAAGAAUGUCGAGCAAGCUUAUCCUGAAGAUCUUGAACGCGUCUACACUGUCACCAAGAAAACGCUCGGUGUGGGCUCCUUUGCUGUUGUUAAGGAAUGCAUUCGCAAGUCGGACGAGAAGCCAUUUGCACUCAAGAUUAUCUUGAAAAAGGUUAUUGCAGGCAAGGAGCACAUGCUGACGAGUGAGCUUGAUAUUCUCAAGUCAGUACGUCAUCCGCACAUUGUUUCCAUGCAUGCACUCUAUGAGUCAAAGGACGCGGUGUACAUUAUUACGGACCUUGCAAGCGGUGGCGAGCUCUUCCAGCAGCUGCUCCAGAAGGGCUCGUACACAGAGAAAGACGCUUCUAACUUGGUUCGACAGAUGCUUGAGGGUUUAGCGUAUUUGCAUGACAACGAUAUUGUCCACCGAGAUAUCAAACCAGAAAAUCUCUUAUUCGAUACCGCUGAUGAUGAAAGCGCCAAGUUGAUGAUCACGGAUUUUGGUCUUUCCAAAAUUUUGAAAAAUCACGAUGAUAUUCUCAUGACAGCCUGCGGCACGCCUGGCUACGUGGCACCAGAAGUCCUUCUGCAAACUGGACACGGAAAACCCGUUGAUUUAUGGAGUGUGGGCGUUAUUACUUUUACUUUGUUGAGUGGAUACACGCCAUUUUGGGGCGAAGAUCAGGCGUCCUUGUUCGAAUCCAUCAUGUCUGGCAAAUAUGACUUUGACGAAGAAUACUGGUGUGAAAUAUCUGACUCAGCAAAGGACUUGAUCGACCGCCUAUUGACUUUUGAUCCGGCUAAGCGAAUCACUGCCGAGGAAGCUCUAGAACACCCAUGGAUCAAGGACGAUCAAGAAGAAGCUGGUCCUCGCAGAUCCACCAACCUUGUAGACAACGUACGCAGAGGUUUCGAUAGCCGCAAAUCAUUCAAGUCUGUUGUCACGGCAAUGACGCUUUUAACCCAUUGGAAGAACUUGGAAGAUCUCAGUGAGGAUGAAGACGACAGUGAUGACAGCUUGGAUGAUAAUCUUCGCAAACUAGAUAUCCGCCACUAAGAACGUAUAGAAGAUAAAUUCAAUUACAGUACUAAUACCCCCUUACCAGCCGCACAUUCCACUUCUACUUUUGUUCCCUCCAUUGUAAAAUUGUAAUCACAAUGACAGCAACAACGCACGCUAUAAUCUAUACACAUACACCGCAUGACAUAUAAAAGAACCGCAGUGACACACUGACAGAAAC